CUAAUUGCCUAUUCCGCCAUAAUGUCUGGUCGCGGUAAGCAAGGUGGCAAGGCCCGCGCCAAAGCCAAGUCGCGGUCGUCCCGCGCCGGCCUGCAGUUCCCGGUGGGGCGCGUGCACCGGCUGCUGCGCAAGGGCAACUACGCGGAGCGCGUGGGUGCGGGCGCGCCCGUGUACAUGGCGGCCGUGCUGGAGUACCUGACGGCCGAGAUCCUGGAGCUGGCGGGCAACGCGGCCCGCGACAACAAGAAGACGCGCAUCAUCCCGCGUCACCUGCAGCUGGCCGUGAGGAACGACGAGGAGCUCAACAAGCUGCUGGGAGGGGUCACCAUCGCACAGGGCGGCGUCCUGCCCAACAUCCAGGCUGUUUUAUUACCAAAGAAAACGGAGAGCCAUAAGCCCGGCAAGAACAAAUAA